AUGAUUUAUCAGAUCAUCAAAUAUUUUUCACAGCAGAAAAAGUCUAAACCAAAUCAUGCGGUAACAGUUGUUGAAGGACAGCCACUUCCGGAAAAUGGAACAUGCAGACAUUAUAAGAAAAGUUACCGAUGGUUCAGGUUUGCUUGUUGUGGCAAACUGUACCCGUGUGAUUUGUGUCAUAAGGACGCCGAAAAAGAUCAUGAAACGAAACUUGCAAAUAGGAUAGUCUGUGGUUUUUGCAGCAAAGAGCAGCCUUUCCAGAAAACAAAGCCAUGUAUAAACUGUAAGGAAAAUGUUACGCAUAGAAAGUCGCGCUUUUGGGAAGGUGGAAAAGGAUGUCGAGAUGGAACUGUGAUGAGCAGGCAAUGUCUUUCUUAA